AGAAGCUGUACGCCUGCCAUAUGAUUGAAUACCUCUCUCUCGUUCCUGCCUGAGCCUACACCAUGUCCUCCAAUGUCCACGUCUCGUCACACCCCUGCGCUCGUGCGAAGUUGAGCCAGCUCAGGUCGGCUUCGACCAACGCCAAAGAUACACACUCCCUCAUCCACGACAUCGCGACCAUAGUGGGUUGUGAAGCUUUCGCUCAUGGCCUACAAGUCGAGCAAACGGGAACAGAUCAAUCGCCAUUAGGAUACGCAUAUGCUACCGAACAUGUUUCGCCCGCCAAGAUCAGUCUCGUGCCCAUCCUCAGAUCGGGACUCAGUAUGGUAGACGCUGUACAGUCGCUACUGCCUUCGCCGGUAUCUGUUCAUCAUCUGGGAAUGUAUCGUGAGAAGAGCACGCUCCAGCCAGUGGAAUACUAUAACAACCUGCCAUACCAUAAAGCCGGCGAUACUUCUAGUGUUGCGGAAUUGGCAAUCAUUGUCGAUCCAAUCAUCGCAACCGGUUCGACGGUCUGUGCAGCGAUAGAGACAUUGCGCGAUUGGGGCGUGCAGCGCAUCAUAUCCAUCUCGGUCCUGGCAAGCCAGACAGGACUGCAACGCGCCGCUGCUGCUUGGCCGGAAGGUGUAGAGCUUUGGGUCGGUGGUGUCGAUGCAGAGACGGACAGCAAUGGCAUGAUCAAGCCUGGCCUUGGAGACAUCGGAGACAGGCUUUACUUGACUCUCGGAAAGUGAUUGACUCUCGGCCGCGACUCUUCAUCCAGAGCCUUGUUCCCCUCUCCGAAAGGAACGGAUGCGGCGUGUGACAUGCGACAUGCCCUCAACCCGAUAUCAGGGGGCAGUUAGGUACCUGCAAUGGGAACAUACCAGGUGCAGCAUCAGACUCUAGUCAGGUAUCGGAACUAAAUAUCUGCUGUGGCCCUGCAACAGCUUCAAUAACGUCUUCAUCAACGCUCGAAUCGCUGAACAGCUUAGUAACUUUAUAUCCUGCAGCUUCUGGGUAGCAAAUAUGACAAGCAUCAUCAGAUCU